CGCAGGCAUUCUGUUUUUCACGCUCAUCGCGUAUAAAUGUCUGAAUUUCGUUGUCCAGCCCAACGCUGACUUUCGCCGCCUAAAAGUCGGUUGAAUACUCAUGACCUCUCUUUUCAGGCGUGUGUUGGGGUGGCUAUGCAUUGUGUCAACGCUGUCGUUAGGGCUCAUCUUCCUCCCGCUUUUACUUUGGUCACGCAAAAUACGUGAGUUGUUCUUUGUCACGUUUUUCUGGGAAGUGAUUACCAUCUGGUCCGAAGCAUUCUCAAACUCUCGGCGCUGCGCCCUGAAGCCUCUGCAGUCCCUUAAGUCACGCGACUCACAGCUCCGACAAGAGGGCGCAAUCAGAGUGCUCGAGAUUGGAGCUGGACUGGGUGGCAACUUCGAGCACAUCACCCGCGCCAUCAAAUACACCAACGUCGAUCCAAAUGUGGAGUUUGGUUCCGCGUUUCUCAGGCAACUCCGAAGGAACCCCAAGGUUGAGCUCGAACAGUGGAUCCAAGGAUAUGGUGAAGAUAUGAGUGAGCUGGCAAGCAGCCAUUUCGACGUCGUUAUGUUCACGUACCUGCUCUGCUCCGUAAAGAACGCGAGAAAAGUGCUAGAAGAAGCCAAGCGGGUUAUGGUGAAAGGCGGGACCCUUAUCUUCCUGGAGCACGUGGCUUUUCCUGAUGGCACGUGGCAGAGGCUUCUUCAAAAUGCGGUAGCUCCUCUGUGGAAGGUCAUAGGCUGCAACUGUCACCUGAACAGAGACUCUGUUAAGCAAAUAGAAGAUGCUGGAUUCUCGUAUGUCAUGGCCAACUACAUUGAUGCAGACACCAACGUUUUAUUCAGCCGUCAGGCAUACGGUAUCGCCAUCUCAUAAUGAACACUGGCCAAAGUUGGGUUGCUCGGCUACUGGCUGCAAAGUUGGUUGUAUACAACUAUGUUGCGGAAAACUCAUUCAUAAAGCAAAAUAAAAGCUUCUUUAGGACAAAAAGGACG